AGCCGCCUUGAUAGUUAAAAUGGGUAUCGUAGAUAACAAUGUGAUUUACCGUACUGCUGUACUAAUCUCUUCAGUGAUGGUCGUCGCUCAGGGGAGAUAUAUAGACUUGACAUACAACAUCAACUCUGAUGUCAUGAGGUGGCCGAACCACACAAAGUUUACACUCAAAGUUGAUAUAAGAGGACCUUUUGCUGCAUUGAAUUUUUUGGCGUCGAACAGUUUUGAGACAUCAGAACACGUUGCGACGCAUAUUGACGCACCCUUCCACAUUAACCAAAAUGGAAUCAAGAUACACGAAAUGCCAUUCGAUAAUUUCUAUGGACCUGCUGUUGUAAUUGAUAUCAAGGAGAAGUCGUCAAAGGUCCCGGAUGCAACUCUCGAUAUCAGUGAUGUCACUUCCUGGGAAGAGAAAUACAACACCGAAAUCCCCAAGGGCGCUAUUGUAAUAAUGAACUCGGGCUGGGGAAAAUACUGGGGCAACUCAAGUGCCUUUCUAGGUGGGACCACAACCAAUUCCUUGCACUUCCCUGGGUUCAGUGGCGAGGCUGUCACAUGGCUAGUUGAUAACAGAGAUAUCAAGGGCAUAAUCGUAGAUACUAUUAGCUGUGAUCCAGGAAACAGUGCCAUGGGGGAAGCCCAUCUGGCGAUAUUACAAGCCUCCAGUAAAUGGUGCGUUGAAAUGGCCGCAAAUCUCGAUGAAGUACCUGCAAAAGGGGCCAAUGUGUUCGCAAUGCCUAUAAAAAUCGAAGAUGGUACGGGAGCCCCCAUUCGCCUUUAUGCAGAGGUAGGAGCAGGAUGGGGAGUGAAUUCUGGAUGCACUCUCAUAUGGGCAGAGUCGUAUGUAGUCGCUUUGAUCUUGUCCAUGUUUUUAUAUUUGUAAGCAUGUGUAAUAAACAUUUCCUAUCAAGCCUAACCAAUUUGGUUCACCUGGCAAAAACUUUGGGCUAUUUUGGCUGCACUUUGAAUUUAAGACAAACAGGUGGCCUGAUUUGAUGGAUUGGUCUUAGCAGAUUAGACAUGGCAGCAUAAAAAAUAUUGCUUCGAACUAUACACGAUAACUGAAACGAAUGAAUGUUCCUGAGUUGCACCAGUGGAGAAAGUGGCAUAUAGUCAGGAUCCAUAAAGUAAACAGGCGCGUUAAAGUUUUUAGCCAAAGAUGACAUACGGGGAUUGAUCAUAAAGUUAUCAUAAUAUCGUUCUGUUUUUUCAA